AUGAGACAACCAGUAAUUCGUGACAUUUAUGCUUCCUCUCCAAGCGUUACAGAUGUCGAGAAAGUGGAGGAAAGACCUCAUCACGAUGAAUCUCGACAAAACGACCGAAAGGAUGCGGAUUUAGUCGAAUUCAUCCCCAACGACCCGGAAAAUCCUCUUAAUUGGACGUCGUUGAAAAAAUGGACAAUUGUUCUAUGUUUGACAAUCGCCAAUUUCAACUGUCUAUGGAUAGCUUCAGGUUAUGUACCCGCGAUUCCAGAAUUCAAGGAAAGGUUUGGCACUUCUGCUGAAGUUUCUACGCUUCCUUUGGUUAUCUAUGUGCUUGGUUUGGGAUUCGGGCCCAUGCUGUUGGCCCCUCUCAGCGAGUAUUAUGGACGAACUCCAGUUUAUCUGGCGAACUUCUUCAUUACUGGCAUACUCUUGAUCGGCAAUGCUUUAGUGGGCAAUGUUCCUGGAUUCAUAAUCCUAAGGUUCAUCACGGGAUUCUUUGCUUCUGCAUCAAUCACAAACAUUGGAGGGACAAUCGCCGACUUGUUCCAUCACGAGCACACGGGUAUGCCCUUGGCAAUCUAUACUGUAACCUCAGCCGGAGGAUCUGCAAGUGGAGUCUUUGUUUUCUCCUUUAUAGCCCAGUUUCACGGACUUCAAGGGGUCCUCUGGGGUAUGUGCGGGGCCAGUGGCGGAUUUUUCCUCCUUCUAUGUGUCUCCCUCAAAGAGACCCGGCACUCUGUGCUCCUACGUCGUCGCGCAGCUCGUCUUCGUAAAGAGACAGGAAAUCAAAAUCUUGACGUCCCGCUCGACAUGCGCACACAACCUGUAACCCAGGUUUUCGCUACCGCUCUUACCCGUCCAUUUCAUCUACUCUUCACCGAGCCUGUCAUCCUAUUCACCGCCGCCUACAAUGGAUAUCUCUUCGGCAUCGCAUUUUUAUUCAAUGGUGCAUUCACCAUCGUUUUCUCGGACGGUUAUGGCUUCAAUACUAUACAAACCGGAUGUGCAAAUCUAGGUGUUAUUCUCGGUGCAUUUUUAGGCCCCAUCACGCAUAUCUGGCAAGAGAGAUACUAUCUUCGUAAGGUCACGGCGGCUGAUGGAACGAUCAAGAAUGUGCCAGAGGCAAGAGUCCAACUCAGUAUAGUGGGCGCAGUCAUAUUUCCCAUCUCUCUCUUCUGGUUUGCGUGGUCUGCACAGCCGGGAACAGUACAUUGGAUCGUACCAAUUAUCGCAUCGGUAUUCUAUGGCUGGUCUUUCUAUACGAUUAUUCAAAUGACGUUUAUGUAUAUAGAAGAUACGUACAAAGUGUAUGCCGCCAGUGCGCUAGCAGGAGUUUGCUUCGCGAGGAAUAUUAUCGGGGGUACCUUUCCAUUAUUUGGCACGCAGAUGUUUGAAGGUCUUGGAGUGCAGUGGGCGGGGAGCGUAUUGGGAUUCGCUGCGAUUCUUCUAAUGCCCAUUCCGUAUGUGUUGGCUAGAUAUGGCAGACGCUUGAGAAAGAGAAGUCCGUGGGCAAGGGUACAUAUGGAUGAUUUGGGGGAGGACGAGGAUGUUAAGACGUAG